UCUUCAUUUUGUUGUUAACGUGCGCUUGAGAGCGACGGACGUGUGCGUUACAGAAAUUAAAAAAAUACAUGUUAUAAGGUGGUGUUUGAUUAAAUUUAUAUGUAUACAGCUUUACUUAUUUAAAGUUGGUUACUUGAUGUGAUAAAAGCAAAUUGCAAUAAUAAAAAAGGGUAAAUGUGGUGAGCUGUGCAAGUGCCGUUACUUAGACCCCGCCAUUGCUAGAUACGCCGUUAUAAAGAGAGCUCUUCCCGCCGUGUUGCCGCUAGCGCAAAGUGCAAGCGAUAACAAAUGCCAAAAAAUUGUUCUAGUGCAAUUCACGAUCAUUGCUAAAUAAAUAAAAUUAAUUUCAUAGUUCUUUUUUCCUCCCCCAUUUAUUUACUACAUACGUAUAUACAUAUAUAUACAUAAAGCAGCCGAAAAACGAACGCGUGUGCUUGUCAGUUUCGACGAACUUGUGUCUGUGUUUGUGUAAACGACGUCCCAGCAGCACGCAAUAAGAACGAAAAAGCGAAAAGAGACAACGAGGACUACGUCAAAGUUGGAAAAAGCAGAAGUGGAAACAUUCACUGCAGAAAGAAAAGAAAAACUUGUACAAAAUAGUAUAUUGAAAAAGUAUUCGGUUUUAAGCAUUUGAACUAAAUUUAAAUAAAUUAACUGAAACAUGACUGAGGUUGAGCAACCGCCACAAAACGGCAUAGAUCCAACCGCGGGCGAAGAUGACGAGAACAGUAAAGCGCGUCCCGCGGACAUUGAACAGGAUAUGCGGGAGAUGGAGCGACGCAAACGUGUUGAGGCCAUUAUGGGCUCCAAACUGUUUCGUGAGGAACUGGAACGCAUUGUCGACUCGGCACGUGAAGGUAGCGCCGGUGCCAGUGGCAUAUUGCAGCAGUUGUCGGAUAUUGUGGGAGUGCCCGUGAAUCGUGUUAGCAACGUUUUCAAGAGCGGCAGCUGCAUGGUGCCCAUCAACGAUAUACGUGGCGUGGAGUCGAUGGGAUAUGCUAAGGGUGAGAAGAUACUCAGAUGCAAACUAGCUGCCACAUUCCGUCUGCUGGAUCUGUACGGCUGGACACAGGGUCUGGGAGCACAGAUUACGGCGCGCCUAAAGGUCGAUCAAGAGUACUUUUUGGUUAAUCCCUAUGGUCUGUUGUACCAUGAGAUAACCGCUUCGGCCCUCAAUAAAGUCGACAUGCAAGGUCAGAUUGUCGAGCAGGGCACAACCAAUUUUGGCGUGAACAAGAGCCAUUUUGUGUUGCAUUCGGUGGUGCAUGCGGCGCGUCCAGAUAUCCGUUGCGCCAUUUAUAUUGGAUGCAGUCCCGUGGUGGCAAUAUCUUCACUAAAGACGGGCUUGCUGGCUCUCACCAAGGAUGCCUGCGUGUUGGGCGAGAUUAGCACACACGCCUACACCGGCUUGUUUGACGCGGAGGAGCGCGACCGUCUGGUACGCAAUCUGGGGCCCAACUCCAAGGUCAUGCUGUUGGCCAACCAUGGCGCCCUAUGCUGUGGAGAGACCAUUGAAGAGGCCUUCUUUGCUGCCUGCCACAUUGUGCAGGCGUGCGAAACGCAGUUAAAGCUGCUCCCGGUCGGCCUUGAUAACCUUGUGCUAAUACCUGAGGAAUCGCGCAAGUUGAUCUAUGACCAGUCGCGUCGUCCACCAGAGGAUUUAGAAAAGAAAUUUGCUGCCAUCACAGCUGAUGAGGACGGUGCAGCCGCUGCCGGUAAAGAGGAAGUCGUCACGCCCAAGAUUGGCAGCCCGCCCAAGUGGCGUGUGGGUGGCGCCGAGUUCGAAGCACUAAUGCGAAUGCUGGAUAACGCUGGCUAUCGUACUGGCUACAUCUACCGUCAUCCACUGAUCAAAUCAGAUCCGCCAAAGCCUAAGAACGACGUUGAACUGCCACCAGCUGUGUCUUCAUUGGGCUAUCUGCUGGAGGAGGAGGAGCUCUUCCGACAGGGUAUCUGGAAGAAGGGAGAUCUGCGCAAGGGCGGCGAUCGCAGUCGCUGGCUCAAUUCGCCCAAUGUUUACCAGAAGGUCGAGGUCCUGGAGACUGGCACUCCAGAUCCCAAGAAAAUCACAAAGUGGGUAGCCGAAGGUUCGCCCACCCACUCGACGCCAGUUCGCAUCGAGGAUCCGUUGCAAUUCGUACCAGCCGGAACAACAACCAAGGAGUUUAAGCGGGUGCAACAGCAAAUCAAGGACAACCGACGCGCAGACAAAAUUUCUGCUGGCCCACAAUCGCACAUAUUGGAGGGCGUUACCUGGGAUGAGGCGAAUCGCAUCAAAGAUGCAACCGUCUCGCAAACUGGUGAUCAUGUUGUGCUAAUGGGCGCCGCCUCCAAGGGCAUCAUUCAGCGAGGAUUCCAACAUAAUGCGACAGUCUAUAAGGCGCCCUAUGCCAAGAAUCCCUUCGACAAUGUGACAGACGAUGAGCUCAACGAAUAUAAGCGCACUGUCGAGCGCAAAAAGAAGAGCAUUCAUGGUGAAUAUACCGAUACAGACUUUUCGGAAUCAGAGGCACUCAACUCGAUGCAAGCAGCGGGUGCUCAUGCACAUGCAAAACACGCACAGAGCGAACCAGAAACGGAACACCAAAUCAUACAGAUUCAAACACAGCAGGCGCCCAUUCCCAGCCAGGCUGAGGUUGUGCUAAGUGAUGAUUUUCAAGAUCAAGAAACUGUUCCUGAUGUUGUCGAUGUCGAGAUGCACAACGAUGACUUAGUCUACGAUGAGUUGGACAAGGAGAAUGUUAUUCAGAAUGCUACCAAAUGUCGUCGCGACUUGUUCUCAGCUUUUACUAAUCCCAAUGCCACAUCAAUUCUUUGUUCCAGUCCCUAUAAACAGGCCCAAAAUGCUGUUGACUUGACACAGGGCCCUGAGUCCCAAGCAACGCCAAUUGCCGUUUUGCAGGGAGAUAUUUAUUCGUAUUCCUAUGGGGCUGUGUCUUUGGGUCGCUGCUGUCAGCCCCAAAUUUGUUCCGUUCUCUUGCACGCUCUGCACUCGGAACACUUGCAUAAUUUCGGCUACUAUCGCGGCUCUGGGCUGGGCCCGCACUCUAGCCCCACUCCCAGCACAGGCACCACCAACGAAUCUCCGCCCACUCCACGUCGCCCGUUGCAGCUGGCCAAUGGUAUACCGCCUCCAUACCGCACUCUAUCUCAUUUUGGCUUCAACUCGCCGCGUCAGGAGCCGCGCACCGAGCACAAACAUCUGCCCGCUGGAGCCGAGUGCAUACGAUACAGGCCAAUGCAGCGUGUCCUUAGCUAUGAGGAGAUCUUUGCCACGCCGCGUUACGAACAGCUGUGCCAGUUCUGCUUUGAGCAAUUGCUGCGCCUCAAGCCGGAGCUGCAACGACGCAGCGCUGCCAGCAGCAGUGGCGAGGAGCCAGAUGAUGGGCUCAGCGGCAGCUACCCGGUUACACCUCGAAAAUUGGCCACGCUAACCGAGUUGAAUGACGAAGAGGACUACGAGGAGCAACUGUAUGUGCGUCCUCCAUUGGCCAGAUUUCCCUGUCAUGUCAGCACCCAGACGAGCGCCAUUCUAUUGAGCAGCCAAUUUCUGCGACAACUCGAAAGCCUCAACUUCUCGGAGGAAUCCGCGAAUGUGAACUAUGUGCCCGGACUGCAAACCAUAAAUAGUGACAUAGCGACGCCCACGAGUCCCGCUGCCAGUGCAACCAGCGCGCCUCCAAUACAUACAGACAGGCAACAGGAGUCCAAUCCGAAUGCACGUGAUAAGACCAGAGCAGAUCUAACCGAAAUCUGGAACUUUGGCAACUGGCAGGAGAAGGCGCCACAAGAUGCGAAUGCUCAACAGCCGCUCACUGAGCGGCGCAUUACACUUGAGAUAACUGAACAGUUUGCCAACGAUUCCGAGCAGCAGCAACAGGCUGAACGUCAGCUGAUGUCGCGUGACGAUCGUCAACGUCGCAAGCUGGAGUUCCACGAGCUGUGGCAGGAUCAUGUUCAAUACUUUGGUUCCAAGGAAAAAAUGGAGCAAGAAGGUUCAGAGACUCUAGAGCAUACUUUGACUAUGUCCCUGGAUGCACAGGAAGAUAAAACGUUGAGAGCAUAUGGCUGGCUGCGACCAUCUCACGGAGAAGCUGAAAAUACAAAUGGCCAAGUGGAAGCUGUGGAUGAGCCACUCACAGAUCAGCAGAUAGAAACAGUGGGCGAGAGCAACAAUGCAGAGCCACUCACAGAUUUCCAGACGGAGACAGUGGAUGAGGAUCCUUAUGAGGAGACGUUGUCAAGCGAAGUACAGGCGACACAAUCCCCUUCAGGUGAGGCACAACAGGAAGCAGUUACUGAAAUACCAAAAAUACUGGAAGACUUCGAGCAAAGUCUGUGUGUUGCAGGACAAAAUCUUGAAAAACUCGUUGCCACCACCAAAAAGCUAAGAGCAGUGGCUGGCACUGAAGGCGCUCUCUCAGAUGAAUCAAUUGAAAGCGGUUCGCUAUUCCGUGCUAUCAGCUUGGAGAAUAUUGCCGAUGCCGAUGACACGGCAUCCGUGUCGGAGCCUCAGCGCUUUGAGCCGCACAACGUUAGCACAGAUGAAGAAUUUGUUGAGCAAGGCGACGAAGCGCACACCGAUAUCGAUCACGAGGAGAAGCGAGAUGAUGAAAAGCCAGUAACACCUGUGCCCAACGCUAACCAGCUGAGAGCUAAAGAAAAGGAUCACGUUGAGCUCGGGCAUAUCGAUGAGAAGGAUGUUGAUGAGAACGAGCAGGAGAUUAUGGAUAUUCCGGAAAGUUUAGCUACUACAGCGGAGCUAUCAUCGUCGGCUGAGCCUACAACAAGCUCUGAUGUGGUGGCAACACCUCAAACAGAAUCGUUCAGCGAUUUGUUUUCGCCACUAGAGCGUGAUAUACUCGAUACCAUCGAGGCGAACAAUCUGAAGGAAAGGGAGUCCAUUUUCAGUAGAAUCGAUGAGAGCAUACGCAACAAGCUAACGCCCUGUAAACUACAGCGCAUAGUCUCCGGGGCAGAGGAAACUUUCAAUACAUACACGCAUAUCUACAAGAGUCCAAUCAAAACCACUCCGACACCUCAUCUGUUCCAGUUCAGCAGCGAACCGCGUCCAUCCACCUACUCGAAGUUUAACAUUAACGCACCAGCGAGCUCAUCGGCGCAUGCUCGUGUGAUUACUAGCAAGAUGCCGCGUCUGUCCCGUUCGUGGGACAGCUACCAGGAGAGCAGUGAGACGUCUUCGUCAACGUCUCGCACCUCGCUGGAACGCGCCAUUUCGUCAACGACAUUUGUAUUCCGAAGCAGUCCUCGCAAGAAGCGUAACUUUGUGCAGGAGAAUAUACGUAAUGCCAGCAAGCCGCGUGGCUGUUCCAAAUCCACAAAGACUUCAAGGCUGAGGAGUACCCAGGUGAAGAGUAGCGACCUGUCCUCGGUCUGCACCUUCCAGGCUGAGCACCGUGGCAGCAGCGCUCGUCUCUGGGUCUCGCUGCCCACGUCUCCGCGUAGCACCAGCGGCCAAAAACGCCGAUCGGCUAGCCCGAAUAGUGUGCUCUAUCCACUAAUACGCUCGCCCUCCAAGCCCUUCGCCAAACGCCGCAAGCCGAUCGCCAAUCAGGCAACCAAACUGCGUCGUAAUUUGUACAAAACUGUUUCCAGCACAACAUUCUCCAAAGAUGCCCAUGAGUCGCAAUGUGGUGGCUGCUUGGCUCAGAACGUGUCCAGCACCACAUUUGAGGUCGAGUACAUGUCGCCAGACCAACAGACUGAGACGCCCCCAAAUUCGAUGAGCAACAACGGCGAAGCCUUCGUCUCACCAGAGAGUAGAAACAACGCAACUGGUAGCUCCCUCUACUAUAGCGCCGAUGAUAAUACAGUUGUUGAGCUAUUUUUCGAGUCGUUGGAGAAUGCGAGUCUGGAGCAGGAAAUGGAGGAGCAUCUGUAUGACAAUGGAGGUCAAGCAGCUGCUGUAACUACCCAGGAGGAAGCGCAGGCGCCAGCCGGCAACUCGCAUGAACUAUCAGAAGUGUCUCCCACAACGUCUGCCGAAAUUAAUAACAAUGGAGACGAGCUUCGAGAUAAUACAGAGCGAACCCAGAACACGGAUGAGAAUGAAAACCCAAAUAGUGUAGAAAGUGAUCCCAAUGAUCCAGGUUCCAGUUUGAAUGAUGAUUUCGACAAUAUUGAUGAAGAGACUGAUGAAUUAAUAGCACAGACUCAACUGGAAUCAGCUAUUAAUGUUGAGGAAAUGAUUAUGCUGUCUAUAGUUGACGAGAUAUUUGAAGAAAUCGUAGCGCAGAGCUUUGAGCAACGAUUCGAAUCACACAAUAAUAUUCAGGAAGGGAUUUUGAAAUGUGUAACAGAUGAGAUAUUUAAACAAAUAGUAGCUCAAGGCCUCCAGGAAUCGGAUGAUAUUGAACAGUCGUCCACAGCCGAUGAGGCAUUGAGAGAGCUGCUGUUCCGUGGACUCGAUAGUCAAUCAGACAAUGAACCAGACAUGCCUUUAGAUAAAGAAAAUGAUGAAGUGAAUGCAAAGAAAUCAGUUGAAAAGCUCUUAGAUAUGCAAUAUGAAAUAGAUUCAAUCUGUUCGUGCCUUCUGGAAGAGGACAGUUCAUCGUAUACGAAAUCAAGUUUUUCGCUUAGCUCAAAUCGAGCUAGCUUCAAAAAAGGUCCCCAUAACAAAUUGUUGGCUGACUCCGUGGGCUGCGACUCCGACAGUUCAGCUGAAAAGUCUGCAGUUGAAGAGUGUUUGCUGAAAACGCAUCACGAAUUGCAAGCGCAAGCGCAAGCGCAGGAUAACACCGAGGAGGACGACAACAAGCCCAACACUUCAGCGAGGGCGGCUGCCAGCGCAAGGAAGCGCAACUCUGGUGGUAGCAAAGACGAAAAGGAAGACGUCGAGACAGUUGUCCUAAACACGAAAUGUACUGUAAAAGAUGGAAUUCUGUAUGUGAAGGAGGACGAGUCCUUGGACGACGUCCAGGCUCCACGCUGUGAAAAUGGACACUUCAACAGGGCAAAGCCCUACAAAACAUUUGCCGACAACGAUGAAUGGAAUUUAUUUCAGGUGGCAGAUGAAAUUGUUCAGCAGAACGACGUCGAGGAGGAUGAGGAUGAGGAGGACGAUGACGAUGAAAAUGAAAAUGAAAAUGAAAAUGAACUAGAGUCCGAUAUGGUAGAGUCCAUAGCCGAAAUGAGUCCCAUAGCAAUCCAUAACAAUAUGAGUCCACAGACUAUGGAGGAGUAUACGGUUGAAGUCGAGUUGCCUUUGGAUGGUUUCAAUGAGUUUGGUCAAUUGGAACUGGAGCUGGAUACGCGUAUGUUGUUUGGCAACCAGUCGUGUAACACUACGCAAAGUGAACCACAAAUCGAAUGGCCGCCAAAUGGUAUUUAUGACUUUGGUCCCUUCAUUGUGGAGCUGAGCAAUGAACAGAAUGAAAUCGUAGGCAAUGCGAAUGCGAAUGCCUCGGAGAGUCUUGAAAUAGCGCAGAACGAAAUCAAUCAGGCGACGGCGCAAGAAUUAGAGAAGAUCAAAGAUGAUAUUACCAUGUAUUUGGGCCAAACCGAUCCCAAAGACGAACAGCCUCCAGCAAAUGAAUAAUGGAACCAUAAUGAAAUCAAUGCAUUGAUCGAAUAUCUAAGCUCAGUCUCUUUACGUGUCAAGUCAGCAGAUGUUUUGAAAGUUUUUCAGCUCAAUUUUUAAAAGACUUUUUAAUUUUUUCUUUUAUUUUCCUUAAUUAUUUAUAAUGUUAUUUGGCAUGAGCUUGUAUCAUUUAUUACACCCAUAUACUAACGACUGGUGGAUUGUA